CUCACCGAUCCGAAAACACCCCGAUAUGAAGUCCCCCACGAGCACGUGAAAACCUUCAGCGGCCCCGCAGCCUCCGACUUAAAAUACCGCGUUGACGUCCAGCAGAAUCCCUUCGGCAUCAGGGUGACCCGAGCAAGCAACGGGAAGGUUCUGUUCGAUACCACCAUCGGCCCGUUGCUCUACGCCCAGCAGUUUUUGCAGCUCUCCAUCAAACUCCCGAGCAGCAACGUCUACGGGGCGGGCGAGCACGUGCACAAGCAAUAUCGCCACGACAACAUGGACAACUUAUACGGUGUUCAGACAUUCUUCCUGUGUUUAGAAGACAACUCGGGAGCCUCUCUUGGUGUUUUCCUGAUGAAUAGCAAUGCCAUGGAGUUCGCCCUGCAGCCAGCGCCGGCCGUCACCUACCGAACAAUUGGUGGAAUUCUCGACUUUUACGUCUUCUUGGGAGACACCCCCGAGCAAGUGGUGCAAGAGUAUGUGAAGCUCAUCGGGCUGCCGGCGUUGCCCUCCUAUUGGUCUCUGGGCUUUCAGCUCAGCCGCUACGACUACGGGUCUCUCGACGAGGUGAAGGCUGUUGUGGGGCGAAACAGGGCGAUCGACCUCCCUUACGAUGUUCAGUACACGGAUAUCGACUACAUGGAAGCCAGGAAAGAUUUUACUUACGACAAAGUGAACUUCCGAGACCUCCCCGGUUUCCAAAGUUACAUGCACAGCUUUGGGCAAAAGUACAUCCUCAUACUGGACGCUGCCAUCGGCACGGAGGCUCUCGCUGACGGUUCUCCCUACCCAGCCUACGAGAGGGGACAAAGCAAGAAAGUUUGGGUCAACGAGUCGGACGGAGUAACACCGUUAGUUGGCGAGGUGUGGCCAGGAAGAACCGUUUUCCCAGACUUCACCAGUGAGGACUGCACCAGCUGGUGGGUGGAGGAAUGCAAAAUAUUCUAUAACCAAGUGCCCUAUGACGGGAUCUGGAUCGAUAUGAAUGAAGUAGCCAACUUUGUUCCAGGCUCAACUAACGGCUGCGAGCAGAACGACUUAAACUAUCCUCCCUUCACACCCCAUAUCGUUGACAGACUCCUGUUUUCCAAGACGCUCUGUAUGGACGCAGUGCAGAAGUGGGGGCGACAAUAUGACGUCCACAGCCUUUUUGGGUACUCCAUGAUCCUCUCAACCCAAAAAGCCAUUGAAACUUUGUUCCCUGGAAAACGAAGCUUCCUUCUCUCAAGGUCUACUUUUGCGGGAUCGGGAAAGUAUGCCGGACACUGGCUGGGAGAUAAUGCAGCCACGUGGGAUCACAUAAAGUGGGCGAUACCUGGAAUGCUGGAAUUUGGUCUCUUUGGAAUCCCUUAUGUGGGAGCAGAUAUUUGCGGUUUCUUCGAAGACGUCACCGAAGAGCUUUGCAGACGGUGGAUGCAAGUGGGAGCUUUUUACCCUUUUUCCAGGAAUCACAAUACCGAAAAAUGCGUGCCCCAGGAUCCCGCCGCCUUUGGAGCCGACUCAGUGUUGGUGAAAUCCUCCAAGCACUACCUGACCAUCCGCUAUACGCUGCUGCCCUACCUCUACACGCUCUUUUACAAAGCUCACACCCAAGGAGACACGGUCGCGCGGCCGCUUCUCCACGAGUUUUAUUCUGAUGAAGCGACGUGGAGUGUGGAUAAGCAGUUCCUGUGGGGCCCUGGGCUCCUCAUCACCCCAGUGCUUGACCCGGGGGUGUCCGUGAUCCAAGCGUACAUCCCCGACGCCGUCUGGUACGAUUACGACUCGGGUGCGAAAAUCUGGCUGAGGAAACAGUGGGCGGAUCUGUACCUUCCCGCAGACAAGAUGGGGCUUCACUUGAGAGGAGGCUACGUCUUCCCUUUCCAGCGGGCGGCCACCACAACAGCGAUGAGCCGCAGGAAUCCCAUGGGACUGAUCGUUGCGCUGGAUGACAAUAACGAAGCGGCUGGGGAGUUAUUUUGGGAUGAUGGAGAAUCGACAGGCACCAUUAACAACAAAACCUACAUUUACUAUGACUUCAAAGUUUCCCACAACGUUCUGCAAAUGAAUGUCACAAACAACAACUACGCCGAUCCAAACAACCUGACGUUUGAAGAAAUCAAGAUAUUGGGGUUGCUCCAGGAAAUUGUAUCCGUUACUGUGUUGCAGAACAACGUUGUGCAAAAUUCUUCUCAUAAUAUCACCUACAAUCCUGUGGAUAAGGUCGCGCUCAUACGAGGACUCCAGCUCAAACUGGGACAGUCGUACGCAUUAAGGUGGACUCUAGGAACCAGCGUCAACGAAAAAUAUGAUUGUCAUCCCAGUCCAGACGCAUCCAAGGAAAAAUGCGAAGAGCUGGGCUGUGUCUGGGAAGAUCCCUCUGAUUUAGCGGUUCCGUACUGCUACUACGGUGCCCCUGACAACGCUUAUUCUGUGGCGGACGUAAAAUACGCGUCGUGGGGCGUGACGGCCAAUCUCACCUUCGGCAAGAAGAACCUCAAAGCCUACGAGGACUCAAUGUUGCCCAUUGGUACCCUUCGCCUCGAGGUGAAAUAUCACACCAACCACAUGCUGCAGUUUAAGAUUUAUGAUUAUGCAAAUAAAAGAUACGAGGUGCCGGUACCCCUGAAUCUCCCCAAGUCCCCCGAGAGCACAGUGGAGGAUCGACUUUAUGACGUAGUGGUUCAGAACAAACCAUUUGGCAUCCAGGUUCGGCGCAGAAACACGGGGACAGUGAUCUGGGAUUCUCAGCUGCCAACCUUCACAUUCAGCGACAUGUUCAUUCAGAUUUCUACCCGGUUGGCAUCCCAGUAUUUGUACGGAUUUGGUGAAACUGAGCACAGCAUGUUUCGGCGCGAUAUGAACUGGCAGACCUGGGGAAUGUUCACCAGGGACCAGCCUCCUGGG